AUGAAGGACUUGAUUCGGAGCCUUCAGUAUGAGAGAGCACAGUUCAGAAGGACCUGGCAAUUUCUUCUGGGUGGGCUAGUUGACGAUGUUGAGUUGUUGAAACUUCUCGACGAGCCCCACGACAAGACUUGGCAGGCAGUACUCAAGGACGGGCUAGAGCAGAAAUUGCUUGAUCGACUUGGCGAGGAAAAUCAUAUAUUCAAGGAAUCAGUAUUUGCCAUUGCGAGAGGUCUUCAGACACUGUCUCUUGUUGUCGGAAUGGAGGGCACAGAUCUAACGGGGAAAGGAGACCUGGAAACGCAUAAAGCUGUGCCUCUAAACAAGAGUCACAUCGCUCUCCUCGACACGCUGUCCAACGAAAAUACGAAACUCAAAUCCCUGGUGAAGGACUGCAUUGAGCUGGAGCCUGUCCGAGCAAAGUCGUCACUCUGCAGCGGUAUCCCUUGGGUGUCUCUCCGUCACUGGUCGUUGAGCUUGUACGACGCAAUGGCAACAAGGUGGUGCUGCGACUGUCAAUAUCCCCACCAUGCUUUGUUCAGGUUAGAACUGAGGAACGAUGCUCAAGUCGACGCAUUCAAUCUGAGCUUCUUGAGAGAUUUUGAUCCCGCAACUGGACACAGUGCUGUCCGAAAAUUCGAAUGCCAUUCAAUGGAAAUCGAUGCUCUAGAGCUCGAUGAGAGUGGCGGAAAUGCAAGAGUCAAAUUCAAGAACAAUUCUUCGCCUGAUCGUCUUAGCAAAAGUCGAACUGAGAUGGAGAUCAGAUGCCUGUGUGCGGAGUUGAAGCUCGGCAAGGAAGGAUCUUGCCUGGGUUUCGUUCCAACCAGUGACUUCCGCCACUAUGUCCACUGCGUAUCAAGAGAGUUCCACGACACUCCUGCGAGUCUCAGUUCUCUCUUUGACAUUCUUAGCCAGCAGCGAUCCACGAUCCGGCUGCAUCAGCAUGAGAAAUACCAACUAGCAGCCCAGCUCGCGAUGUCAGUCCUUCAGUUUCACACAACGCCAUGGCUGCCAGAGAGGUGGACAUCUCAGGAUGUUGUAUUCCUCGGCGCGGAUGCCUCCCGAAAUCCGGCGGAUCUGACGCACAUAUCUAAAUCUUUUCUCCCCAAGGGCUCAUCACAUUCGCAAGCAAAGAGAAGAGCUCCUCGAAAGUUCAUAAAGAACGAAACUAUCUUCUCCCUUGGCUUAGCCUUAGUCGAGAUAUCAACCGGGACGCCGCUUGAGCUCCGGAUUCCAGACCGCUCCGAGACAGACACGACGGAGUUAGAGGCGGCCGAACAGAUGCUGCAGGAGAUGGAAACGCGAGUUCAGGAGGUACCGGAGUAUAUUUCAGUUGUCAGAAGUUGUUUAUACCCAGGUUCCUUUCUUCCUUCAUCAACUUUGGAUGACAAAACCUCCCGUGAGGAAUAUGUAUCUCGCGUUAUAGGACCUCUUGUUGAACUCGUUCAACGUCUCAAAUCGGUUAAACCGUAA